ACAGUUCUCCUCUCCGCACUUGUCAGUUAGUGCUGGCACAGAGUUUGCUCCAAGUUAUUUAUAAGUCCAUCCAGCUCCAGGAAACAAUUGAUUUGCAGUUGUAUCUUGCGUGAAGUAUUCUCUAUAAUGAAAGCCGCCUAACCUGAUUUGCUUCAGUUUCAUUCGCAUUUCACUGCGUCGUCUUGAAGUGAUCGAACCGGGGUGUCGGCCAGCAACAUCCAAGUGAGGUCGCGCUCGAAUAUGUAAAUCCGCAGAAAAAAAAACAAGUUCCGUUCGUGAGAAGAAUAAAAACAAAAAUCAGUGGAUAUUUCGUGUUUAUCAAAACAAAGAAUAUUUGUUUAGUGAGUGCGGCGCGACGUGUCGAUUCGCCCCCGGGGUGAGAACGUGUGCGCUCAUUUGUUUACUUUCGGAAAAUUACCUGGACAAGUGCUUCGGUUUGGGUGGACUAAGUUGCAUUUUAUUUGUUCCGUGAUAGACUUUAUUCGUGCUAUGUCUGUUGAAAUCCUCCGUACGAAUGGCAGGGAUGAAAUAUUCCUGGCCGACACAAUUGCGGGAAUCCGGGCGCCGGCUUUCUGCGACUGUGUUUUCCCACGCAGCACGGAUGUGCUCAGUUUCAAAGGAAACAUCCACGACCAUAUAAGUUGUAAGUGCGGUGAAAAUGAAGGACGCCCGCUAGAAUGGAUCUGGGAUAAAGAAUCUGCCGAUCCGGCCUGUUAUGUCAAUGGACGGAACAUCACUUUCCAUCCUACUUUCAGUCAGGGAACUACCGUGAUAAGAGGCGAAAAACGGCUGGAGCCGGGGAUGAUACACUUCUGGGAGAUGAAAAUCGUCACAUCGCUGUCGGGAACGGAAACGAUGGUUGGAAUCGGAACCGACAAAGUUGACUUAUUUGCACAUCGCUUCCGUUUCACGAGCGCCUUAGGACUGGACAAUCAAUCGUGGGGAUUUUCAUUCCGCGGCAAAGCACAGUACAAUAAUCGCAGCAUAUUCUACGGAAAACCAUACUCACAAGGAUGUCUCGUUGGAGUUUAUUUAGACCUGUCGCGCGGCUACUUAGAAUUUUUCCUCAACAGAAGAUCUCUUGGUAUUGCAUAUAAGAACAUUCCAGUCGAUCCGUCCGUCAAAAUCUAUCCGAUGACUUGUUCAACAGCGGCCAGUUCUGCGAUACGCUUAAUAAACUCUACAUCGUGUCCUGAUAACUUGGAAUUCCGAUGUAUGCGUGUUGUUGCUAAAAAUCCAGACUUAUUGGCUCAUCUGAAUCGUAUGCCGGGACUUAAAUAUUUAUCAAAUCGGUACUGGUAUCUGAUACCAUAUCAAGAUGAUAUCGACGACAUUGCCGACAUUUAUGAAGAUGCACACACGAUUAAACAUCGUGCAUACCUAAUAGAUAGUGAGGAUGAGUUUGAUGAUUUGCUACUAGACCCAAGAGAAUUUUUCUAUUUCUUUUGUGACCAUUAAGAAGCUCGCACAUAUCAAUGGAGAUUUUAAAACAUAAAGAAUUUAUAACUUAUAUGAGAAGGAAAGCUGUAAGAAAACCUUUUGAGAAACAGUUCUGUGAACGUCGGCAAGGAAGCAUUCAUUAAUUUGGCAAAGUCAAGUGGAAUCCUAACCAGAUUUCAAGUAUUUGUAAUGAGAAAGAAGAACACAUUUUUGGAUUAUUCUCCACCCAGCGGAGACUCAAAAACGACGACCCACACCUACUUAAGAAAGAACACGACGAAACGAGGAACAAACAGUGCAAAAAAUUUAUACUUAUUUUGUAAAUUAAUC